CAAAACUCCCAUUUUACCCUCGUUUACUGAUUGGAACCGAGUUGUGAGUACUCGAUUGCCAAUACCUGCCUUUGCCGGAACAAUGUUCGGCAUGGUGGUGAAAUGUUUUGCGACAAUUUGGUUCGCACGAAACAUAGCUUUUGCGGUUGGCGAAGGCGAAUGCAAGGAUGGAAAUUGUGGUGAAGUUGGUCCGGCUGCGGGUCGUGUGUUGUUGCAGCACAAGCAGAGUGUGGAGACUGUGAAGGAAGACCUUGGAGUUGGAGUCUUGGAGGAGAAACUUCGCGCCUUCAACAAGUUGACCCACAAACGUGUGGCCCGGCUCCAGCGGAAAGACGUGACGCAUCCCUCAGUGGCAGCUGCCUGGGUUGCCACAUCCUUCAGCGACUGCAUCGACUGCUCCACAGGUGCUGUGCACGUUCGUGAAGUGAAGUGCCUCCGCAUUUUCGAUGGUGCGGAUGUCUCCAGUUCCUUGUGUUCGGAAUAUCCCGAGCCAGCUACUUCGGUGCCAUGCGAGUGCCAAGUGCUGCCCUGCAAUCCGAACAUCACCAACCUGUGUCCCGCGAGCGCUCCUCCUGCUUGCCCGGCUGAAACCAACUUGGACGAUGACUUUAUUGAGUUGGGCUGCUUUGAGCGGCUGACAGGCCAUGAUGCACCAGGUGACGCGGCAUCGGUGUAUGAUUGGUCGUGCAUGAACCACACAGGAUCUCCCUGCAAGAGUGGCUUGCCAUUUUAUUCCAUGAGGUCCAAUGCCAUGACCCCGGUUCUAUGCUUUGAGUUCUGCAUUGGCAAGGGUUUGGACAUCUUCGGUCUCGUGGAGGGGGUGGAAUGUCGUUGCGGUGCGUCUGCCGUGAACAGCCACGACAACGGCCUCGACAUCAGCCAUUUGCAGUUCAACCCUGCCGCCCUCACGUUGCAUCUCAAUGACAUGACAGGCUGCCCUGUGAGAGCCUACCGUUAUGCAGGACACUACGAAGGUGGUGGUGUGCCGUACGGUUUGACUCAAAUCUUGGACACAGAUUCGAAUUAUGUGCGAUCCAUCAAAGCUGGUCGUAAGAUUGAGGAGUCCGAGGAUUCUCCCGCAGGGUAUCAGUUCAGCACGACAACACCUGAGGUCCUACUUCAGGGUGACAAGGAGGGCCAGGCCCCCGAAGGCUAUCAACGGAACUGUUGGCCCGACAACUGUGGACCCGGCCGCGGUCCGUGGCAGGACCGUCAAACCGCGCUUCCGCAAGGAGUCACGCUGCGGAGAUUUCAGGAGUACGUGGUGAUUCCGUACCACUUCGAAGAUGGCCUGGACAACACCCGGAAGGAGGCUUUCCGCCUCGCGGUGCAACGGUGGCACGCGAAGACGUGUAUUGCCCUGGUGGAGCAGGCUGCGGCCAGCAUCACGCGGCCAUACAUCAAGGUUGGAGAGUAUGACUCAGGCAGCUGCUGGUUGAGCGGCAUGGGAUGGCCUGGAUUUUGGGCCGGCAGUCCUUACUACAGCAAGAUCAACUUGGGCUGGUGCAAAGACACGUCGGCGUUGGGAAGUAUGGUCCAUGAGAUUGGGCAUGCCAUUGGCAUGAAUCAUGAGCAAAAGCGUGGUGAUGCGGCGCAGGAGUUCCAGGGGCAUGGCCCACAUUUGAUCAUGCACUGGGGGAAUAUUGAUGCCAGUUGGAAGAGUCAGUACCUACCUGACUUCAAGACCUACAUUGGCUCUACGAACCAAGGCGCCGACGAUGCAUUCUCCGGCUAUGCACCCUAUGACUAUGGCAGUAUCAUGCACUAUGGGCCAGGUGAUGCAUAUGACACAAACCCGCGAGAGCUGGAGAAUCUCAUGGGCAACCGCAAGCAUUUGACGACUGGAGAUAUCGAGCAGAUUUUGGAUGUAUACCAGUGCGUUGAGAUUCCAGACUAUGUGCCGCCCUUGCCCUGUGACUUCGAGCACUUCAGUAUGUGCUACUGGAGCAAUCUCGGUGAGAUUGGAUGGGGCAGCAAUUCCGGCGGAACACCCAGUUCCGGCACUGGGCCAGAUGCUGCAGCAAGUGGCACAGGCUACGUCUAUACGGAAGCAAGUGGUAGCGCGAAUCCUGACAAGGUGGCAAUUCUUCAGAGCCCAGCCCUGAACCCAAUGGAGACCUACACCCUGACCUUCCAAUAUCAUAUGAAGGGUGCAUCAAUGGGCAAACUGGGGGUUGAUGUGGAGGAAUCUGGUGCCUUCAAGAACCUUUGGGAGGUGUCCGGCCAGCAGGGUGAUGCAUGGCUUUCCAAGUCCCUCACCAUCUCUGGAGCUUCUGCGGUGCGUUUCGUGGGGGUCACUGGAUCUUCCUGGUCUAGUGACAUGGCCCUAGAUGCCAUAGACAUGGUGGCGACUGGUCCCACAACCUCAACCACCACGACCAUGACCACCACCACCACCACGACCACAACCACCACCACCACAACAACAACCACAACUACCACGACAACCACCACCGCGACCACAACUACCACAACUACCACUACGACCACCACCACCACAACGACCACCACCACGACCAUUCCAACCACGACUACGACCCCAUGGUCGUGCCGUGACACCUACGUACUACAGGCCUUGAGUCCGGAGGCUUCUUGUGCAGUUUGGUCCACCGACAGUAGCAAUGGUGCACUUGCAGGCGGCAAGAGCUUGGCUGCAGCGUGUCAAGAAUCCUUUGGCCAACAGCAAUGUGCCAAGACCUGCGGAUGUGGAGCACCUCUACACGCCCCCAAUGGCUGUGAUUUUGAGGGUAGCCUUUGCGGAUGGAAGAAUGUGGCCCCAGCAGCAUGGGUGCAGCACUCGCAAGGUACCAGCAGCCCGGGCACCGGUCCCAGCGCUGCCUUCGACGGGUCCAAGUACAUCUAUGUGGAAGCCAGCGAGCCAGCCCUGCCUGGAGAUCUCUUCAUUUUGGAAAGCCCUCCAUAUGCGAUGUCCAGUACUGCCUCCUUCAACAUCAGCUUCAUGUAUCACAUGUUCGGCUUGGGCAUGGGUGGGUUGCAUCUCAAAGCGAAGAAUGGCACCGGCAGUUGGGAGGACAUUUGGAGUGUAACAGGUGACCGCGGUGACCAGUGGCUCCCGGUGACCCUGACGGUGCCUCCAGGAUUCGAGACCUUGCGCUUCGAUGCCAUCGCAGGUGCUGACUGGCGGAGUGAUAUUGCCAUUGAUGCCGUCACGAUUCACACCAGCACGACAAGUACCACCACGACCACUACGCCCGGAUCGACGACUCCCCCGGCAAGUACAGGAAUCGAAGCAUGCGUUUGCGGUUUCGGCAACGGGUUGUGCAAUUGGACCAGCAGCGGCAGCCACCAAUGGGUUCGACACAGCGGCUCAACGACCAGUGGCGGCACGGGACCGUCUGGUGCUCAUCAGGGCAACUACUAUGUCUAUGUGGAGGCCAGCAGUCCGAACUACCCAGACAAGAUCUUUAUCAUGGAAAGUCCAACCUUCUCGGCGGGACCUUGGCCACGCGGACUCUACUUUGCCUACAGCAUGAAAGGCAGCGCCAUGGGCACUCUGACGCUCGAGUACACAGAUGGAGCAGGCUCGUGGACCCCGAUUUGGCAGAAGAGCGGAGACCAAGGAGAUGGCUGGUUCACUGAUGGCGCAGAGGUUCCAGGCAUUGCCGUGCAACUCCGCUUCAAGGCGGUGACAGGCAGCGGCUUCAGGAGCGAUUUUGCCCUCGACACCAUUACAGCCUCAGAGAGCGCGCCAACACCUCCUCCUCCGAUGCAAGCGUCUGCGGCAGGGACCUGCCUUUUCGAGCAUGACUUUUGCAACUGGCUGAAUGUUGGAGAGAAAGAUUGGACUCGGAACAGAGCUGGAACUCCUAGCGCCAACACUGGACCCAGCGGAGCCAAAGAAGGCCAUUACUACAUCUACACGGAAGCCAGUGGAUCGAACAAGAACAAGGUCUUUUCUCUGGAGACUCCGAGGUUUGUAGUAAACCCCACCAUGACUACACUGGUCAACUUCUGGUACCACAUGAAGGGCACUUCAAUGGGGUCUCUCACUUUGUCGUACAUGGACUCCGCGGACACCUGGCAUUCCCUCUUUUCUGUGACUGGCAGUCAGGGCGACGAUUGGCUUGUCGGUCAAGCUGUCCUGCCCCUGGACGCUGUCGCCCUCCAGCUGAAGGGUCAUACAGGAAAUGGCUGGUCCAGUGAUAUGGCUGUGGAUGAUAUCAAGGUGGUUGAGAUAUAGCAGCCUGGCAUGCCCAGCAAUCGCUACUGUUGAAGGCCUUACCAGUAGUAGUGCGUCCCCUUUUGGGCGUCUUCUGAUGGAGCGCAUUUGAACUCCUGGAAAA